UCUCCCUAUAGCCCUUUCUCUCUCUCUCGAUGCUCUCUAUGGUAGCCGCUCCUCCCCCCCCUCUCUCUCGUUUGCUUCUCUUUCUCCCACGAUAUCGCGGGAAGUUGGAAUGAAGCGGCGCUGACGUCACGGGAGAAGCCGGGGGCCCGCAAAGGCAGGAGCCGGCUGUCUGUGUCUAUCUCUUACAGGUUGGCAAUUGCAUUGCUGCCCAGAAGGAGGAGGAGGAGGGUGGCACCGCUGCAACCAGCGUAUGCCCUGCUGGGGAGGAACCCAACACUCCUCAAACACUGGUCACCGAGGGAUGCCUGUAUCAGAACUAGGUGAAAGGCAUUGGACUGGAGAGUUCACUCUGACUGCCACUACCUCAGCUAAAGCCUUGGAGAGUGUGCCCUGGCAGUUAUAGAUGGGGAAAUAUUGCCUUGGACAGUUUUACAAAAAAAAUGGACACCUUAGGUAGGAGCUCAGUGUAAGACUUCUGCCAAAAAGCACUACAUGAAGACAUAAACAUACACACUGAAGCAUCCAUACCAAAGCUUUGGAGAAGAGGCAUUCUCUUUACUGCACUGCUGUGACCUUAUAGCCCACAACUGGCAGCAGAAAUCCUUCACUAACUCGGCGAGUGGAAGCUCCUUUCAGUACCUGGCUGCAUCACUAAGAGGGGCUUCAUAGAUCUGCAAUGAGCACCAUUAUGUUCUCAACGCUGUCCUACAGAAAGAAGUGACAAGGAGCACUACAGUAACAAGAAAAGGAAAGUACCAGCAUCUGGUAUCUGUUCUGUGCGUAAUCCCCCUGCUUGUUCCUCUUCUUUUCUCCACUCACGAUGAGCUCCCUGCUCCCAUUUGAUAGUGUCAUAUGCAUCCUCCUGGGGCUCUCCCUCACUCUGUGGUUCACUCUCCUCCUUGUGUUUAUCAUCGUCCCUGCUAUAUUUGGUGUAUCGUUUGGCAUCCGCAGGCUGUAUAUGAAGACGCUGCUUCGGAUUUUCACGUGGGCAACCUUACGUAUUGAGAGAGGAAUAAAGGAGAACAGCCAUGCUCUAUAUAAGCCUCUAAGUAAUGGAAUUAUUGCCAAGGAAAGCACUUCCUUUGAGGAAGGAAUCUGGGAGCUGCGUGGCAAUGGGCGCUCCUUGGACAGGCCAGAGUUUGAAUUGUCGGACAUCUUUUACUUCUGUCGGCAGGGCAUGGAGAGCAUCGUGGACGAUGAGGUGACCCAACGCUUUUCAGGUGAAGAAUUGGAGACCUGGAACCUACUUACUAGAACCAACUACAACUUUCAGCACAUCAGUCUCCGACUCACUGUACUGUGGGGACUGGGCAUGCUAGUGCGUUACACCUUCUUGCUACCCCUCAGGGUUGCUCUUGCUAUUACAGGGGUCAGUCUCCUGGUUAUCGGCACUACUGUAGUGGGGUUCCUGCCAAAUGGAAGGUUUAAGGAGUUCCUAAGUAAGCAUGUUCACCUGAUGUGUUACCGGAUCUGUGUGCGUGCCCUCACUGCUAUUAUUACCUAUCAUGGCAGUGAGAAUCGGCCCAGGAAAGGGGGAAUCUGUGUGGCCAAUCAUACAUCUCCAAUUGAUGUGAUCAUCCUAGCCAGUGAUGGAUACUAUGCUAUGGUGGGCCAGAUUCAUGGGGGUCUGAUGGGAGUAAUCCAACGAGCCAUGGUGAAAUCAUGUCCUCAUGUCUGGUUUGAACGGUCUGAGGUGAAGGACAGACACCUUGUCGCUAAAAGGCUUACAGAUCACGUGCAAGACAAGAGCAAGUUGCCUAUUCUUAUAUUCCCUGAAGGUACUUGCAUCAACAACACAUCCGUUAUGAUGUUUAAAAAAGGCAGUUUUGAGAUAGGAGCCACCGUGUAUCCAGUAGCUAUCAAGUAUGACCCUCGCUUUGGUGAUGCCUUCUGGAACAGCAGUAAAUAUGGGAUGGUAACUUACCUUCUACGAAUGAUGACGAGCUGGGCCAUAGUAUGUAGCGUUUGGUACCUGCCUCCCAUGACUCGCCAGGAGGAUGAGGAUGCUGUACAGUUUGCUAACAGAGUGAAGUCUGCCAUUGCGCACCAAGGGGGACUUGUCGAUUUGCUAUGGGAUGGGGGGCUGAAACGCGAGAAGGUGAAAGACACGUUCAAAGAAGAGCAGCAGAAGGUGUACAGCCGCAUCAUUGCCGGAAGUCAGGAAAAUCGCAGCCGCUCCUGAGCUACAGGACUGGGAAAUGGGCUCCUGAGCCACAGUGAUACCAUGGCAGCUACAGCAAGGAGUACUGCAGGAACCCAGUUCUUGAAGUGAUGGCUGAGGGAAUCUAAGAGUUGGGUGUGUUAGUUUGUCAGAACCCAGAGCUUUUCUGGAUUUCUGUCCACAAAGGACUGUGGCACUCAAAUAAAAAAUAAUCAUAGGACCCAGUAAGACUAUUUAUAGAUUGGUGGCAACGCCUAACAGACCUGAGAAAUUCUGGUGUCUAUCUCAGGUGCAUUCACUAUGAUGUAUCUCAGGUCCACUGACCAUUUCAGAACCACAAAGACCUUGCAUUGAAGGGGUUGAACUGCUUCUGGGCUCAGUGGGGCCAUGAUUAUAGCCUACUCGCAAGGUCUACUAAAGGUAUCAUGAAACCAAAAUCAUCUCCGGCAGUAUUUAGAUGAAAUAUUGUAAAGAUUAGUUCUCCUGAGCUUUGGGCCAACACUACAAAUGGAAGGGCCACAGAAACAAACGCUGAAUGAACGCCCUAUCAUCCUUGAAGUUGCCACGGAAAGAGUCUAGCAAGAUCCUAUGAAGCCUCGAGAGCUUCUGUGGCUGUGACCCUUUAUCUCCACACUUGCUCUGUGAAGCAGAAAAGACCUAUUUUUAUGUUACAGUAAUAACACCUCAUGCAGUUGUUACAUCUCUUACAAUUCUCUUCGUGAAGGGAGAGCGGCAGAUUUUCUAUUCACAACCCCCCCCCCCCACCUCAGAAAAAAAGCCUUUAAUGGGUCAAUAUGAAGCUACCAUGUCUGAGACCUUCAUUCAGACAUGGGCCUCCCUUUCUGUCUGUUACACCCUGUCCUGCAUGGGCCAUGUUCCUUGUUUUGUUUUUAUAAAAGUCAAAAAGAAAAUAAAAUAUCUUGUCAAAAGUUAA